UAUCCCAUUUUCUGCACUUACAUUAAUUGCCAGAUGAUGCUGACAUUAAGAAGUAGCUCCAAAAUGUAAAGCUAUCUAUCUAAAAUGCGAGUAUUGGUAGCUCAAUUGGAUAAAUAUGACAUUAAGAUUUUGCUUUUAAUGAAUGAUUUCAUGCACACCAACCCACUUAAUUACAUGUUAAUAGAGAUUAGUUUACUUGCAUAACAAUUAAACUUUCUUUCUCUCCCUCUAUACCGUCAAUCGAUCUUUAAAACCCGAGUUCUCUGAUCGAAAUUCCUUCUUUACUUCUUCUUGCUUUGCUGAAGCUCAUUCUAUAGUCAUGGAGCCGCAGGAAAUAAAGGGUUUUCAUUAUUAUGCAAAUUCUUCAUUUCAAAAUCUUCUAUCUUUAUCUCCUGCGGAAACCAACACUCUAUCUUACGCAAAUUUAUCUCAAAAUUUAGAAUCGAGCUCUAGUUUUUUCCACAGAUCAUUCCCAUCCAACUCUCCGAUCUAUUUCUCAGAUCAUACUUUGUCUCCAAAUACGUCACCUCUCAGUACAGACUCUACUCUGUUUGAAACGAGUGACCACCAACUAAGUUUGAUCUCUCAUGAGAAAAAACUUAAGAGGAUAAUCUCCAAUAGGGAAUCUGCUCGAAGAUCACGUAUACGUAAGAAAAGGCAAAUUGAAGAGCUUGAAUGUCAGGUUAAUAAUCUCCGAACCAUGAACCAUCAGCUCUCGGAGAAGGUUAUUCAGUUGUUGGAGAACAACCAGCAAAUCCUCCAAGAGAAUUCUCAGCUUAAAGAGAAAAUUUCUUCUCUUCAGCUCGUUAUAUCCGACUUUCUCAUGCCUAUGCGAAAUGUUGGAUGCGACAACAUCCGCCAUAGAGGAGGCUAGCCCAGAAAAGAAGGGAGCUUCAAAUAAUUUCAUUCAGUUAUAGUUUAGGGAUGCAAAUUCAUUGACAGAAACUUGCUAUCCGUUGGAACAAGAAAUCCUCCCUAAAUAGAAGCAAAUGUAGCUAUGAUGUAACAUAAAUUUUAUGGCGUAUGAUAAUUUCUAACCACAUAUAGUAUAAUUCUGCAAAUGUGCCUCAGGCAAGGUUGAAAAUCAACCUAUCAAACCUGCUAUUAUGCACCUACAACUACUAUUUUUAC